GCCCUCUAUAGCCUCCCAUCUACAAACCGACCUGAUCAACCCCCAAGAAGACCCCAGACCCCACAGUCGCUCCACCCUCCUUCCGGACGGAGCAGGACUGAUAAAGUCAAUCUUAUCAGUUGCCGAGGUCCGUCGGCCACUCGACAAUUAAAGGGACAACUUAUCCCCAACUUCCUCCUACAUACACCCACCUACCUUCACAUCCUUUUCACACCAAAAAAGCAACAAUGGCGACCAAAUACUCCUACAAGUACUUCCAGGUGCACUUCCCAGCCGACCAUGCCUACGUCGCGCACGUGGAAAUCAACCGCGCGGACAAAAUGAAUGCAUUUUUCGAAGCCAUGUGGCUCGAACUAGCGCAACUCUUCAACCAACUCUCCACCGACCCUUCCGUCCGCGCAAUCCUCCUCACCGGCGCCGGCGAGAAAGCCUUCACAGCCGGCCUCGACGUCCACGCCGCCUCGCAAGGUCUCCUCUCCCCAGACUCCAACGACUCCGCCGACUCCGCGCGUAAAGCCUCCCACCUCCGUCGCCACAUCUCCUCCUUCCAAGACUGUAUCAGCGCGGUGGAGCGGUGCGAAAAACCCGUGAUCAGCGCGAUGCACGGAUUCGCGCUGGGACUCGCCAUUGAUCUCAGCACGGCGACCGACGUACGGAUCUGUGCGCGCAACACGAAGUUCGCUGUCAAGGAGGUGGACAUCGGGCUGGCGGCGGAUAUUGGGACGCUGAGCCGGCUGCCCAAGGUGGUGGGAAAUAACGGGUGGGUGAAGGAGGUAGCGUUGACGGCGAGGGUGUUUGGGGCCGAGGAGGCAGAGAAGGUCGGGUUCGUGAAUGCCGUGUAUGAGGAUAAGAAGAGGACGGUCGAGGCGGGACUUGCGUUGGCGAAGGUGAUGGCGGAGAAGAGCCCCGUGGCGGUGCAGGGGACGAAGGAGAUUCUGAAUUGGUCGAGGGACCAUUCGGUUCAGGAUGGGCUUCGAUAUACGACUGUGUGGAAUAGUGCUGCGUUGCAGACCAAGGAUGUGUCGGAUGCGUUGCUUUCGGGAAUUCAGAAAAGGAAGCCGACUUUUGAGAAGCUGUGAUUGUGUCAAAGAAGGGUUGGGUUGGUCUGUACACUAUACUCAUUAUCUGAUAUAGAUGCUGGAAAUUCUAGUAAACGGAACAUCUGUUGC